AUGGCUUCUCUAUCUGAAGAUGAUAUUUCUUGUCCUGUAUGUCAGGAAAUCUUCAAGAAUCCUGUAGUUUUAUCAUGUAGUCACAGUGUCUGUAAAGAGUGUCUUCAACAGUUCUGGAGAACCAAGAAAACUCAGGAGUGUCCCGUCUGCAGAAGAAGAUCCUCAAAAGUUGAUCCUCCAUGUAAUCUUGUGUUAAAAAACUUGUGUGAGUCGUUCCUGAAGGAGAGAAAUGAGGUUCGUUCAUCAGGAUCUGAAGAGAUCUGCAGUUUACACAGUGAGAAACUCAAACUCUUCUGUCUGGAGGACAAACAGCCGGUGUGUUUAGUGUGUGUUAACUCUCAGAAACACGACAAUAACACAUUCAGACCCAUCGAUGAAGUGGUUUCAUCAUAUAAGGAGGAGCUCAAUACAGCACUGAAGUCCUUACAGGAGAAACUUUUACACAAUGAAAAAACAAAAGAAGAGUUUGAGAAAACAGUUCAACACAUCAAGUCUCAAGCUGAGCACACAGAGCGUCAGAUUAAACAGCAGUUUGAGAAGCUUCAUCAGUUUCUCAGAGAUGAAGAAGAAGCUACAAUCACUGCACUGAGAGAGGAAGAGGAGCAGAAGAAGCAGAUGAUGAAGGAGAAGCUGGAGGAGAUGAACAGACACAUCUCAGCUCUUUCACACACAAUCAAAGACACGGAGGAGAAGAUGAAAGACAGUGACGUCUGCUUUCUGAAGGAGUUUCCAGUCUCGAUGGAAAGAUUCCAGAUCUCAUCACAGCCGGAUCCACAGACUCCUUCUGGAGCUUUGAUUCAUGUGCCACGUUACUUGGGGAACCUGUCCUUCAGAGUCUGGAAGAAGAUGCAGGACAUCGUCCAGAACACUCCUGUGAUUCUGGAUCCAAACACGGCUGAUCCUCAUCUCGUUCUGUCUGAGGAUCUGACCAGUGUGACAUGCAUCAUGAAAAAUGAACCUGUUCCUGAUAAUCCAGAGAGAUUUGACUUUCAUCCCUGUGUUCUGGGUUCAGAGGGUUUUAACUCAGGAACACACUGCUGGGAUGUGGAGGUUAAACAGAGUGCAUUCUGGAGACUUGGAGUAACUACAGCAUCAAACCAGAGGAAGGGACGGGAUUUCUUCUACACUGAUGUCUGGUGUGUGUGGUAUGAUCCAAUAGGACUGUCUCCAGGUUCUGGUUUUCCUGUUUAUCAUAAUCUUGAUCGUGUGAGAGUGAAUCUGGACUAUGACAGAGGAACAGUGUCAUUCUCUGAUCCUGUAACUAACACACAUCUACACACAUUCACAACCUCCUUCACUCACACACUCUUUCCUUUCUUCUGUAAUUAUGAUUAUUCUUCUUCUCUGAGGAUCUUAUCGAUCAGUAGUCAGUAAUCUGUAGCUCCUGCUUUCAUCUUUCAUCAUGUUUUAAUCACAUGAGUAAGAGAUAAGUUCUACAGUUAUACUAUAAUUACAGUUAGAUAACGUGAGAAACAUCUUAAUAACAACCAUAACCAGAUGCUAGCUGUCAUAUUUGUAAGUUUUUAGUCUUUCUGCAGUCUUUCUCUCCCUGAUAAAUGAGUUUCAAUGAAAGAGUUUUUUGGGGGGGUUAAAUGUCUUUUGUAAUAUUCACUUAUAUUGUAUGCUUAUGUGAAAAAGGAAGAUAACAGCAUCAAUGUUUCAAAUUUCUUGAGUUAUGAACAAAUAAAUUCAGUUUUAAAUUAUACAGAUCUACAGAAGAAAGAAAUGGGAUCAAAGAUCUCCCAUAAAGAUAUUUUGUAGUCUGAUAACGUAAUCUGUUAGCCAAAUUUUCCAGAGAUUUACAGUCUGGAGAAGAUGAUGAUAGUUGGCCAAGUCUGUAGAUUUGAGUUGACAUAUUUAAUUGAAAAUCAUGUAAUGUAUGAUGAUCACAGACACAAGCUCAGAGGAGAUCAGUGUGUGAUAUUUUCAGCAGAUGUUAUAACACAGAUGAUUUCAUUUGUCACAUAUCUUCUAGCUACAUUUGUGUGAGUUUGUUGUGAUCAGAAGGAAUAUAAAGUCUGGUAUUGUGUGAUCCUCAGUCGUGUAGUGUAUGAUGCCUUUGUGUCUAUUUACAAAGUCAGUAAGUGUAUGAUGCCUGUAUGUUUUAGUUUUCAUAUACGCAAUAGUUGUUCUUGACUUAACAUAAGAGUAAACAAAUGUUUUGAAUCUUGUGAUUAAAUCUAUAUUUCAUAUAAAA